GUGGGUUUUUUAAAUUGUAUUAAUUUUUAUUAUAUUUUUUCAUUUGACUAUGAAACCCCAACACUAGCUAGUAGAUAAAAUUCAAUUUUCACAGAGAGUUAUAACAAAAGCAAGAACAUUCAUUUAAUGUCCCUAAAAACAUGUAAGGAAAUAAACCAAUAUGUUGGGCAUAUUUUUUUUAACUCAGUGUGAAGAUUGUAUGAUUCUUGAAACUAAAUAAUUUGGUGGAAAAGAAAUGGCCAGAGGGCAAAACCCAGACCAUAGAAACUCUCUUCUUUGACUAACUUUUGUGACUGCUCUAAAUUGACCACUUUUUUCCCUGACUAAUCUCUAAACAGAAGGCAUAUCCCUUUCACUUGCAAAAUGCUCUCACACAAAAUAAAUUACCUUCCCACCACCCUGGUUACUUGCCAGAGAGUACUUUAUUUUUCCACUAGGAAGAAGAAAAUCAGCUUGUAUUUUGCUUGCUAGAGCCUUCUGCAUUUUAAUUCUGGACUCUGAAUGAACAUCAGAGAGGCUUUAUGAUGUUUUGCACAAAAGUGCCUGUGUUCAUAGUUUUACUCAGGGCACCCAAAAUAGCAUGCAGUAAGCAGUGUCAUACUGUGAGUUUUCAAAAGUAAAAGCAGAACUGACUUAUACUGGCAGGAAGCUGUAACUCCUAGAGUUUUCUGAGGAUUUGUGAAGUAAAACAGGACUGCUUACUUCUCUGCAUCCCAUGUUUCAUCCAACUUUUGCAAUAUCCAUUCCUUUAUUCCUCUAGAAGGCCCUGAAAUUACACAGAUUAAGACUGAUUGAAAGAACGGUUCAGCAUGAAUUCCUUGGUAUUGCUACGCCUCAUGGUGAUGCUGGUUCAACUUUGGCCUUGCUCUCCCAGCACACGGAACUCCAGCGCUCAAAACACAGCUCAGUCUUUCACACCAGUUCGAAGAGUGAAACGUGGCUGGCUGUGGGAACCUCUUUUUGUAACUGAGGAACAGAUUUCGCCAGAACCUGUGUAUAUUGGACAGGUGAAAUCAGAUUUAGACAAAGAGGAUGGCAACUUAGAAUACAUUUUGGCCGGGGAGGGAGCUGGAAGCUUUUUUGACAUUGACAAAUAUACUGGCAAAAUUUAUGUAAAACAAAAGUUGGAUCGAGAAAAGAAACCUUUCUACAUUUUAACAGCAAAAGCAAUUAACAGGAGCACCCAGCUUCGUGUUGAACCUGAUUCAGAAUUUAUCAUCAAGGUUCGAGAUAUCAAUGACAAUGAACCUCAGUUCCUGGAUGGACCUUAUGUGGCCACUGUUCCAGAGAUGUCGCCUGAAGGUAUUUCGGUUACACAGGUAACAGCUACAGAUGCUGAUGAUCCUUCUUAUGGGAAUGGUGCUCGUCUGCUUUACAGUCUUGUUGAGGGACAGCCUUAUUUCUCAGUGGAGCCGAAGACAGGGGUCAUUAGAAUGGCUUCCGGAAUGGAUAGAGAAACAAAAGAUCAGUAUUUGGUCAUCAUUCAAGCCAAAGAUAUGGUUGGGCAACCAGGAGCAUUUUCUGCAACAGCCACUGUUACCAUCAAUCUCUCUGACGUCAAUGACAAUCCACCUGAAUUUCAGCAACGACUCUACUACAUGAGUGUCUCCGAAGAGGCUCCCGUGGGCACCACCGUAGGCAAAGUCUUUGCAGAAGACAGAGACACUGGGGACAACGCAGCCAUGGACUAUUUCAUUGAAGCAGAUAGCCCAGAUGUUUUUAACAUCAUUACUAACGAAGAGACUCAAGAAGGAAUUAUCUUACUAAAAAAGAGAGUGGAUUAUGAGAGCAAACGGAGAUACAGUAUUCAAGUAAAAGCUGUAAAUAGAUACAUUGAUGAGCGUUUUUUGAAAGAAGGACCAUUUGAAGACACAACCAUUGUCAAAAUCAAUGUGGAAGAUGCUGACGAACCUCCAGUUUUUACCUUGGACAACUAUGUGAUGGAGAUUGAUGAAGGAGCUAUGAGGGGCGCACUGGUUGGGGCUGUAACUGCCAGAGAUCCAGAUGAUGAUGAGAGUCCAGUCAGGUACUCCAUUGUCCACAGCAGUCGUUUAAAGAGACUGUUCAGCAUCAAUGAACACAAUGGAGCAAUCAUUGCCACUGAACCUCUGGACCGAGAGAGAGCUUCUUGGCACAACAUAACUGUUACAGCCACAGAAACAAGAAAUCCUGAAAAAAUUUCGGAAGCAAAUGUGUAUGUUCAAGUUCUUGAUGUUAAUGAUAAUGCACCAGAAUUUCCUAAAAAUUAUGAAACAUUUGUUUGUGAAAAUGCAGUUUCUGGACAGUUAAUUCAAAGCAUCAGUGCAGUGGAUCAAGAUGACUCAGCAGAAGGUCACCAUUUUUAUUUCUCAUUGGCUCAGGAGGACUCAAACAGCUCACAUUUUACUGUCAAAGACAAUCAAGAUAACACAGCUGGAAUUUUCACAGCAAAAAGUGGCUUCAGCAGGCAAGAGCAGUUUUUUUUCUACUUGCCAAUCUUAAUUCAGGAUAAUGGAACCCCACCGCUGACGAGCACAAAUACUCUCACUGUCACUGUCUGCGACUGUGACACGGAAGUUACCACCUUCUACUGCCGUUAUGGAACUUUCAUGUAUUCCUUGGGUCUCAGCACAGAGGGUUUAGUUGCUGCUUUGGCUUGCAUAUUAAUAUUCCUAGUGUUCUUUUUGGCAAUUGUAGCCAUAAGGCAGCAGCAGCAGCAGCAGCACAAGAAGCCUCCCUUUUCAGAGAAGAUGGAAGAUUUCAGAGAGAACAUUGUCAGUUAUGACGAUGAAGGAGGGGGCGAGGAGGACACAGAAGCCUUUGAUAUUUCAGCACUGAGGACACGCACUGUCAUGCGAACACACAAACCUCGGAAGAAGGUGGCCUCUGAAAUCCAGAGCCUCUACAGGCAGUCUCUGCAGGUUGGCCCAGACAGCGCAAUCUUCAGGCAAUUCAUUUCAGAAAAGCUGGAAGAAGCAAAUACGGAUCCUAGCGUUCCUCCCUAUGACUCGCUUCAGACGUACGCGUUUGAGGGGACUGGCUCCUUGGCAGGAUCCCUCAGCUCGUUGGGUUCAAGCACCUCAGACAUGGAUCAGAGCUAUGACUACCUUGCAGACUGGGGACCUCACUUUAAGCAGCUUGCAGGCAUGUAUGCUUCCCACAGAACUGUGGGGGAUUAGGCACUUUUUGAACUGUUCUUUUGUUUUCCUAAGUCUCAGCAACCAAAUGCAACUGUGGAUUUUUAAAAAGGAGGUCAUCUCACAUUAAACAGGAGAACUAAGAGCCCAAGGGAUUUAAUAUGGAAAGUUUUGGAUGUGGAAACUUCUGGAAAGGAUAAAAUACACCAGGGGUGUUACCACAUGAGGGGAUGGUGGUUAUAGUUGGAAAACCUUGUCGUAAUCCAAGGGUUUACAUGCAAACCUUGCCUCUUUGGAUAUCUAGAUCCUCCUCUGGAUACUGAAAAUCUGGAUCUUGCCAGUAUAAAAGGAGGAGCAGAAGCCAUAAAUGGAUGUUGUAAACAUUCUGUCAUCCAUAAGCUUUAAACAGUUUCCAAAGCUGACAAACAUAUAUUGUUGCAGUGUAACACAUACAUUAACCAAAAUUAAACACGCAUGUUUGUAUAAUGCUUCAUUAUAUAAAUAUAAUUCUGUGAAAAAGUAGACCCUAGAUAUUCUAAUACCAUUGUCAAAAGUGCUUACAAGAUCAUCUAUUUAUUGUUCUUAGGAUGAUAAAACUAAAACAAAUGUCUUUUCCUGUGAGAAAAUUUAAAGCACGUUACGACAUCGGCAAGUAUUUGCUGCCAUUUUAGUUUUAAUGAAGCUAUUGGAAAAAUGUGUAAACCAAUACUUAAUUUAACAAAGAAGAUAGGAAAGAGAAUCAAUAUUUAACUUAAAUACUGCAAUCGACCACAUUAUAUAUUACUGCACUUAAAACAAAAUGCUGUCCAAAUACAGGCAUUUUUUCCUUUUAUUAAGAGUUUAAAGGAUGACUGAUUUACCAGCACAGAUUUAUUUUUUUAUUAUGGAAUAUAAAAUUAUCUGCAGUAGUCAGUUUUAUUAUAACAAUAUUAAGAAUCUUUAAAAUGCUAAACUGAUGGUUAUAAAACUUUAUGUAUGACAUUAGAUAAUAAGAUAAUAAAAUGCUUUAAAUGCUAAUCCACUUUGAAAAUGAUCCUGAAUCAUUCUGCAAGACUCUAGUAAGAUUUCAAAAUUCAUUUCACAUUGUAUUUUUUUCCAACCACUCCAUAGCAAAUAUAUAGCUAUCCCAGAACAAUUCUUUACUGAAACUACUACCCAGCAGCAACUUUGCAACUGAGGUCAUCAAAUGUUUUCAAAAUGGUCUGUCUGAAAAAAACAACCCACCUGUAUUUUACUCACCUCUCUUUCAAUGAGUACUCAUCUUACAGAAAUAAUAUCCUGCAAUCAACUGAUUCAAUCUCCUAAAAUCUGGCAUCGUGAUAAACCAAAUUAUGCAACAUAUUUCUUUCUAUUUUCCCUUUUUGUUUUUUCCUUCUUUUUAUAAGUAAAAUUUUAGGUAAGUGAAACUGAAUUACAGAUUCAGGAAAGCUCAUGCAAGGAAGAAGCAAACAAAUAAACCAGCCCCAACAAACAAAUUUUGCAAUGUUUACUACAGUUGCUCUUCACUGAAGGAAACCAAGGUAUGUACUGCAGUUUAAACUCCUGUUACCUAAAAAUAAAACAUGGAGGUGUUUGAAAAUCAGGAGAGAUUUCUAGUGUGAGGUCUGGUAAUAACAGAAAUAUUAGUCAUUAUAUUCCUAGCUGAAAAAUUGGGUGGGUAGGGGGGUAAGGGACAGGGUGCCAUCUGACCAGAGGCAGAUGAAGCAGCACCUGUUUUCAUAAGAAAGAAAAAAGAUUCUUCCCAGUCUCAUGGUAGGAUGCCAGUGUGAAUGAGCAGCUACAAACAAGCUUUGUUAGCUCAUUACUUAGUCAUUAAUACAAGUUAAAACAUUGUAUUAAUGACUUCAACCUUUUACACCAAUGGCUUUCAAACAGACAAAUAAAAAUUGCUUUUAUUUGAGAAAAUAUUUUACAUAUUAAUGAUUUGUUUCAUGGAGAGAGAAAGACUAUACACUACUAGUUGUUGACAACAGUGAAAACUACAUGUUUAGGAUUAGGUCUAUAGAUUUAUGUGGGUUAUACCCUAAACAAAUCCUUAGUCCACAGAUGGCCCCAGUAGCUUUAAGAGAAUUCUCUGUGCUUUCAGGUUGUAUUUAGUACAAAAAGGAUAACAGUGUCUGAUCCUUUCUCAAUCCAGAGAUUUUGUCCAUUUAUGUGGGAAAAUAGCCUUCAACACUAAAGCAUCAUGUUUAUCAUUUUCUGCCUUUACUGUGAGCUAUUUUAACAACAAAUAAUUUUUGUAAGUAGUGCAUACCACUAACAUAGUUUAUUUAACCUCAUGUAGGCCACUGUCAGUAAUUUUUAUGUGAAAAAGAAUAAUGGCCUGCAAUGAAUCUUAAAUGAUUUUUAGCUGAAAAAUCCUUAGAUCAUGUUCACAUAACAGCCAAAGGGAAUGUUUUCCUCUGAAACAAGAAUAUAUUCCCAGCUGGAAUAUAUACUGAACUACAUCUUAUUAGUUUCCUGGUAUUCAAUCUAACCCAGCCUUGUCAAUUUUCACAUGUGAGAAAAGAACUACUUAAAUUACUUCACACUUUAACUUCACACUUUCUUUAAGUUUGCUGAAAAAUGAGUAGAAAAAGAUUUUUUAGAAUUGUCUUGUUAUUUGAAGGAAGUAAAAAUCAAAAAAAAAAUCAUAUAAGAGAUCACAAUCAAGAGUAACAUGAAAUUAAUAAAGGAUAAGUUAUAAGUUAGAGUUUCUGAUAAUGAAAUCUAUUAAAUUGUAGCAUGGUUUUCCCAAUAGAAUCUUCCACUAUCUUUAUCUUUCAAAAUUUGAUUAGUAGCUAGAAUUCAUGAUGUUAUUGGCUGAACUGAAGAGUGCAGGUAGGGUGACAGAUGAUAAAUAAAUGUUCAGCUGUUCAUGACCUGCCCAAGGGAAUAUAAGGAAGACUUAUUUGCUUGAGGAUUCCUUACAGUGAAAGGAAGCAUAGUCACACAGACUGCUUUUCUGUACGGAUAGUUUGAAGAGAUAUUCCUACAGGUGUCUUUUUCUGUAACCUGGUAAAAAGAGAGUUUAAGAACUGGUGAAAUACCAGACAAAAGAUUGUUUCUGUUUCAGUCUGACUCAUAAAGAUUCAGACAAAACUCACAGAGUAUUGUGAGUUUUGUUUUACUGUAUUAAAAAAAAGGGAAAAAAACGCUUUGCAUAUGUAAUACUAAUAAUAAUUAGCAUUCAGAUGUCUAAACCUAAAAAAAAAUAUACAAAUCACUUAAUAGCUUAUUGCAGCUUCUUCUACUCAUUGCUGUGAGUAGAAAAUUAUAUUUUUUUUUAUCAAUUAAGCCAAAAUAAAAAGUUUCUGUUUGAUUUUGACUUCAUAUGUCCUGAUGCAGGUUUUUUAUUAUCGUAACACUGGGAAGAAAUUGUGCUGUGGGUAGUCUUAGUCUUCAAUUCACAUGAUUUUCCUACUUCAUUUUUUCUAACAGGUAUUUUCAUUACACACCUAGCUUUGCUUUCAAAAUCUGCAUUGGAAAUCUGGUUAUUUUAACAAUCAUUCUUAAUUAUAGGGGGUCACCCUGUCAGAUGAGGGUAACACUUGUUUGAAAAGACAGUGCACAAUUUAAGCUUGAAAGUCAGAUCUAAUAUAUGCUCUCUAAGGAGUAGAAGUUGAGGAGUUUAUGUGAUUUUUCACUCUGGAAAAGAAGAUAUUUCCCCUUGAUCCAGAUUACAAAAAAAAAAAAAAAAAUAGAAUUUAUAUGAAAAAACUAGUAGCUAUUAGUAAAGCCCAUAAAAUUUUUCUACCAGAAAAACUGAUAAACCUGUGUCUUAUAAAGAAAAAGUGAGAGAAUUAAUGUUCAUUUAAAAAAUGACAUAUUUUAAAAUAAUAAUUUUCUUGCUGUUGUAUUUGUUUGGGAAAAGACAAAUUCUACAUGCAUGAUCUCAUAUCAGCCUUCUGUAUCAUACAUGGAGUUCAAGGAACAGUAACAUUUAACUCUGAUAUCUAGAGAAGGAUAAAACAUGCAUACAGAGAAAUUGCUUGUAUCAGUAUGAAACACCUUACCUGCAGCAAACAGAUAAUAACAUUUGUCAGAAAUAUGCAUAGCACUCAACAAGAAGUUUGCCAGCAAAGGCAGUUAGAUAUAUAGCACUAAGAGCAAAACUUAAUAAAUAUAAUUAGAAAACAUCAGUGCUUCAAAAAACUCUCAAAUAGCAGAAACUGAAACAGGAUAUCAAAGGAUCUUAAUUCCCCAUUUAAUUAUUAUUUACAUAAUGCUUUCAUAAUAUUAAAGUUUAUAAUUUAAGUAAUGGUCCACAUAUGGUGAGUGAAAUAGAUUUGAUUUAUAGAGAGACAAUAAAGUCGGCGUACAUAUAUCUGACCAAAUGGAUACAACAAAAGCUAUUACAUUAAGCCUAAAAGGAUACAGACUUAUCCAUAGGAAUAUAUGCAUAUAUAAAUAAAAAAAUUAUAUACGAAGCAUUGCUUCUGACACUGUUGUAAGUAAAUCAGUCUCUGUCAUUAGAAAUUCCUCUGAAAAGACUUUAAAAAGGACAUCUUCGACAAAUUUUAGUAGCUUGGGAGCUGGCAAAGGAAUGUUUUUAUGUACUGAUUCAGUAAAUUGGACUUAAAAAUGUCAAAAAAUAUCCUGCAUUAAUAAUAGUGGGGACCCUUGAGAGAUAAACAAAAAUUGGAUGACCCUGAAGAAAGAAAAAUAGAAAAUUGGUAAAAUGUAUUGACAAAAAUAAAAAUCAUCCACUCUAAAAAUAGUAAUCAAAAAAAAUAAAAAUCUGCUCUUAUACUGGGCACUAAUCCAGUAGGCAAUUAAACAGGACAAGGAUAGACUAACUGCUAAAAUAACUAUGAAAUUGCAAUAACAUUCAUUCCAGAAAAAGAAAAAAAAAAUCAAAUAUGAACAAUACCUGUACAAUACAAUAGGUAAUAUAAAGUGUUGACUAUGAAACUAAAUCAAUAAUGGACUACCCCACUGUUUAAUUACUUGACAGCUCAUACUGUUUGUCAGACUCUGACCAUUGUUUCUGAAAUUCACCCAUUCAUUUAAACAGUAUGGCAAAAAUAGACCCAAUAUUACUAUUAAAUGUUUUCAUAGGACAAAAAAUCUAGUUUCUAAUUUAUUAUUUUUUGAAAAUGUGCAAACACUUUGGCAAACCAAGAUAAGGUGUCCAAGAUAUAUGAAAAAGGUGAUAAAAUAAGGUAUCUUUAAAUAUCUCCUUCUAGACUUUCAACAGCCUAAUUCAAUAUGCCCACCUUUCAUUGUUAUCUGAUGAACGUCAUUUCAUUGGUUGCAAAUGACAAUUUACUCAGAUCACUUAUGACUUCAAAGUCUUAGUACAAUUACUUUACAAUUAUUUUAUAAGAAUUCUCAAAGAUUAGUGUCUAAAGUAAUACAUCAUCCAGGUUCUUUCUGUGUCUUGUUAUCACAAAAGUCAUGCUCUGCUUUUCCACCAUUGAAUGUAAAAACAUCCUAGACAGCUUCUAUAAGCCCUCACAUCCCCUGUGGUACAUCUCACUCAACCUCAGACACCCAAAAACCUGGAGUAAGUUAUUCAACUUCCUUCCCAUCCUGUGUUGCCACUACCUCAGACAUCACAGAAAUUCAAGGCAGGCUGGACUCUCCAGGACUUCAAAAUAAGAGAGGCAUCUUUCCUUAUGGGAAAGGCUUAGACACCGUACACCUUCCAAAGCAAAGAACUCCUCCUAAUACCUUUCCUUCAUCUCACUGUGGACACUAAGUCACUGAUAAUGACUCCCAAAGCUUCAUCUACUGUCCCCAAACUGAGAGUGGUAUAAGGACUUAUCUAAGUCAUUUUACCUUCAUGUACAUUUGGACUUCUUUUUAAAAACUCCAUGGUUUUUUUUUUGGUGGUAGUUCCUGUCACUCUUGAAUUAUUAUUAUUGCUUCAUAUUUUCCUGCUAACAGCUAAAGGUUUCCAAGUUAGCUCCUUGUGGAAAUAGCUAUUUUGAUAUCACAAAUUUCAGGAAAUACAGAGAAAGAUGCAUGAAAUCAAGGCCAAAAGAGGUCAAAUGAUUCCUGUAGUUGUUUAGCUCUUGAGCUGGAAACAACUUGUAGAUCCUGAAAUAUCAUCCUUCAAUUUUCUUUGUCUCAGUGGCCAUGUGGAACCCAGUCAAGGUGGUGAGUACCUUGUCUGUGUGUAAAUCACCCUCUCUUUUGUAUACUUUUGUUAUUAAUAUUGUUGUUACUGUUCAUUUCUCAUCCCAUUGUUUGUUUUCAGUAAAUUUUUAUCUCAA